GUCGGGAGUUCGGACUGAUAGCUACCAUGCUAUCUGUGAUACUGGCAAGGUGCCAUGGUUGGCACUGGAUGUUACAGAUCAGGUAAAGGAGUGUCCUGAUCGGUAUGUUGUCUGUCUUGAAUACCAAAAGAUAAGAGAAACUUUGGCCAGGACUCUUCUGGGUGAAGACAUCAAGCACCUGAAACAACUGGUCAAGGACAACGAGAUGUUGUUCCUCCUGGCCAUACACAGGAGGUGACUCAUGAGGAACAUCAACCCUCAAACACAGGAACAAUCUGUGGAAGGCAUUGCAACAUUUAUUGAAACAACAAAAGAAAAGGUUACUCAAAAGGACAUAGCCAUGAGGUUGCUGAGAAAUCAGCUUGGUGGUCCAGGAUCCUGUUUGACUGUUCGACGAGGUCACAACAUGAGAGACCAGAGUGUGAUGUGUCUUCUAGUCCAUGCAUAUGUCACUCUAACUCACUUCAACAAGGUGACAAACUUCAUCAAACCUCUCACAGACCUCAUUCUGGCACCACACAAAAUGAUGAACAUGUUCCUUCCCACAAUGCCACAGGAUGACAUAGAUGCCAUCAGACAAAGUCUGACAAGAGAAGGAACCAUUGUGUUCUACCAAUGUCAAAAUGGACACCCAUAUGCUAUUGGAGAGUGUGGUAGACCUUAUACUGAAGCAACCUGCAACAUCUGUAAAACCAAGAUUGGUGGAUUAUCUCACCAAGCAGCAGCUGGAAAUACACAGGUUACUGGUGACCAGACCCGUCCUGGUCAUGUUCUUGGGAAGAGCAGCAGACAGAACCAAUGCCUAUGCAGGUGAACGCAGACUGGGAGGAGCUGCCUGUGCUGUACUGCGUUUCUUCACUCAUGCUGCAUUACUUCUGGGAGUAGAGACCAACCAACAGGCCACAGCAGCUCUAGUCUAUCCCCCUCUACAGCAGGAUGUCAGACAGUUUUUCUUGGAACACCUCCAGAAGGACCUUCAGAUCAUCCACAUGGCCACAGGAAAAAGUGUAGAUGAUGUCUUCCUCCUCCUA